UCUGUACUAAACGAAAACACAAUGGUCACAUGACCUGUCAAUCAAGUGAUUGGUUACCAAGUGGUUGUUUACACAUGUGGGAAAUAUGCCAGAUUUAAGGUUUCAAAUGACACGAAACUCGCGCUAAUUAUAAGUCGUUUUCAAUAGUAAGUGACUGGAAACCUCAGUAAAAGUCAUACUUUUUGGAUACAUGAUGUUUUGAAGAAUCAAUUUGCAAAAAUUGGAAUUGUAUAGAAGUACUGAACAGUAAAAGGACGGAAAGUAACUUUUCAAAAGUUUUCGAAAGUUUUCAACUUUUCAGAAAAUGGCUACUGGAAUGGUCGAACCUGCCAGAGGUCAAUCAGGGAGUCCUAAAGGCAACAAAAUGUUUAACUUACCACAGAUAGAGCAUCCCAUGACCCGUAUGGGUACCAAGGAUGAAUUAAACAUUAGAGGAGAGUCUAGGAGUAACUCUCGGACUGGUUCAAGAAUAGGGAAUCCGAUGCGAAGAGAGCAAACAUUUGUAGCAAUGGGAAACAGUGGUAAACUACACCUUGGGCUUGAUAGAUCUAAUCUACCCCCACUGGGAGGUGGCAUGACUUCUCCAAGGGACAAUCAGGCAUUGAAAAGCCACCAGAGGAUAUUAACAUGGCCUCCAGAAUAUUUGGCAGAUGGCAAAUCAGAACGGAAUGUUGUUAAACCAAAGAUGACAUCAGAGGAACUUGAAGACACAUUACAUGAGAAACUUGCCACUGGUUACUAUGGAGUAAGGCAACUUUUCAAAGCAAAUGACCCUACAUGUCAAGGCACUGUGACAAAGGAGGCUUUGUUGCGUAUCCUAUUCACACUGUGUGGCUACAUAACCCCUGGCCAGUAUAACAGAUUCCUUCGGUUUGUGGGCCUUGAGGGCAAAAGGAACAUUUCCUUCGAAGACUUUAUCAACUGCUUUAGAGACCCUGAGGAGAAAGAUAAACGUGAAUGGGUGAGUCCAUAUAAACAGAAAGAAGUUAUGAGAUCUGAGGUUCUGCGGGAGUUGGAGGCAAGCAAUAAGACAUCAGGAAUGUCAGCCGUCUAUUGCGCUGCUAUGUUGAGGCGCAAAGCAGAAUCUAAGAAUUUUGAUCUUAGUGCUAUCCUGCCAGGCACAUGUUUUGAGUAUGAUGGUAUAAUUGUACCUCCACAACUGCGUGAAGCAAUGGCACACAUCGGCAUGAAGCUCACAGAUCAAGAAUUCAAAAAGUUCUGGGAUAAGCUUGACCUAGAAGGAUCUGGUGCACUACGUACAAUCAACCUUUGUAGUAUGUUAGGGUUAGAGAAAAGUGGACGUCACAAAAGCUUUAACUACAGAAGAUCCAAAAGAAACUCAGAAAAGGUUCAGGAGGAACAAAUUGAGGAACAAGAAAAUAAUGAACCUAGUGUUGAAGAGAGAUUACAAGAUGAUAUGGCUGAAGAAAUAAAUAAUAAUGAAUCUGUUGAGGACACUAUUAGAGUGAAUAUUGAGAAUAAACCUAUGCUAGAAGAAGAGGAAGAGGAGGAGUUGUCAAGUAAAAAGAAGAGAAGAGUUCGAAAAAGUCGUCGAAAAAAUCCACGACUUGAGAGCAUUGUAGAUUGCUUACAUUUUAAGUUUGAAGAGCCUUACAAUGCUAUGAUGAUGGCAUUUCAACAGUUUGACAUACAGAAAGAUGGUUUGGUUUCGCGCAUUGACUUCCGUAGAAUCCUCAAAGAGUUUGGCUUCCCAUUGGCUGCAACAGAGCUAGAAUAUUUUUUGUCAAAGUGUGGUCAACGAAGUAUCAGAGGACAGGUGAACUACAAAGAAUUCCUGACAAAGUACCAAAACAGAUCUGAGCAGGGGCUUGUAAAUAGAAUAGUGACCAGUCAGUUCCAUUUGUUUGGCCAGGAUUACUUGCCCCCAGUUGACGGGGAGACUCUAAGCACUGAAGAAUUGGAGGCAAGGCUGGUGGACUUCUAUCAUGGGGACUUUUUACACCUAUUAGGUGCCUUACAAAUCUGUGACAACUAUGACAUAGGAGUGGUGACACAAUUUGAGUUCAGGGACUGUAUAGAGAAGACCCUUGGCUACACCAUGUCAGAGAAACAGUGGAAAGUGUUGCUCAAUGAAGUAGGGGUGGACAAGGAAGGACUUCUAUUGUAUGCUAAGUUCAUGGAAAGAUUUAAUAUCAUUCCAGGGAGUUGGAAUAAACGUUUGGAUGGUGGUCACCUUGUUACACUUGUGAAUCAGAGAGACUUGGAGACACCAGUAGAAGUUGAGAAUCUACGUGAGGCUCGUAGACUUGAAGAUGAGAAACGCAGGCUACGUGAGGAAGGUCCUGCUAAGCCUAUAGAAGCAGACAUUCAGACCAUUCAGGUUGAGGAGACUUUUCCCAAACCACCCACUGAUGACUGCCUCUCUUUGGACGAACUGAAUCUAAUCCUACAGGAAUUGUUUAGACAUCGCUUCCACACCAUAGAUAAGCUGUUUAAAGACAAGAUGGACAGGAAGUCGACUGGGAGAAUUAGCAAGAAUCAGUUCGCUCAGCUUUUACACGCGUGUGAUGUAACUCUGAAGAAUGCUGAGAUAGAAAAGUUAUGGAAGUCAUUCAAGACCUCUUCUGAUGGCAUGUACAGCUUCAGGCAACUUCUUAUGAAGUUUUGCACUGGAGCUGAUGGACAGCUAAAGAUGAAUGAACCCGACCCAGUCGCUGAUACAGUUCUGAGAAGAUCUAAGACCACUGCAUUCAAAGAGACUGAGCAACCUAGUCCAGUACUAGUCAAGGGCUACACCGGUGGAGCUGCCAGUGGUAGUAUGAAGGACAGAUUGAAAUAUGAUGUGCUAAAGAACUGGUCCAAUCUGAAGGACAUGUUCAGACAUAUUGAUUUGUCUGGUUUUGCAAGCGUCCAUAAGGAUGAGGCAAUGGGUGUCCUACAGACGUUACAGUUUAGCCUCACUGAGAAUGAAGUGGAUUCGUUAAUGGCCAAGUAUGACUUAAACAAAGAUGGGAUGUUCCAUUACAUGCCCUUCCUGGAACAAUUCACAUCCCAACCUUCCACAAAUAAUCUAGUCGGUAACAAAUACUCCCGCCAGAUGGAAGCACAGCAAUCCAGCAAAUUCACAGAAAUCAAAACUCUUGAGCAAUGUUUAGGCACAACAAAGAAAGAGUUGGUUAAAGACUGGAAAAGUAUACGAAGGGCAUUCAAGAAGUUUGAUACUGCAAAUGAGGGUUACCUAAAUGUUGCUGAUUUCCGAAAAGUUCUAGAAAGCUGCAAAGUGAAGGCUACUAAAGAAGACAUGUACCAUAUUCUUGCUCAAUUUGAUACGAAUAUGGAUGGUAGAAUCUCAUAUGAGGAAUUCCUGGGCUCAUUGUUGAGUUAACUGGUUUUUCACAUCUGAUCAGAAUCUCAGCCAUAUUUUAAAUGCCAAGAACAUUAUACUGAGUAUAAGCUAUUGUAAUUGUUAUAUUAGUGUGUUGUACAGGGUGGCCCAACAGUAGGUUUACAGUUUACUGAAAGAGAUUGUUGGAUAACUGUCAACCUACUUUUGGGGCACUCAGUACAUU